AUGCCUCCAGUCCGCACCGCACGCGCCUCGCGCAAGGCCCCGCCAGAGGGCUUCGAUGACAUCGAGGACACACUCCUCGAGUUCCAGAACAAGAUGAAGGAUGCUGAGAACGCAUCGCAUGAGGGCAAGAAGAAGUACGAAAUGACGUGGCCCAUCUUCCAGAUCACCCACCAACGCUCGCGCUACAUAUACGACCUAUACUACGAGAAGGAGGCUAUCACCAAGCAGCUAUAUGACUACCUGCUCAAGAACGGAUAUGCGGACGCCAUGUUGAUUGCCAAGUGGAAGAAGCAAGGCUACGAGAAGGUAGGACAACUCUCACCACGCAGCUUGCCAGCCCAAAUCAAACUAACUCAGUGA